AUGAGCAGGCAAUUGAGAAAUCAGCGGAAAUUCCAUUCAGAAAAUCUGGGCAAAGAUUCGUCAACUGAAUCUAAUGCAGAUGCAGCGGAGACUUCGUCGCCAGAUAUUAUGGUGAUCUGGAAAAAUACAGAAUCAGUCGCUGGUGCAUCGAUGUGUAAAGAAAAGUGUAUUUUAAAUGUCUCCGGUAAUCUGGACAUAAAUACAGCUGUGGUUGCCGGUGCAGUUUCUGUUGGUAUAGGCUACACAAAAUUAGAUGAAUUACUAUCAGCGAUCGAUUUACCUAUUUGA